CGUGCGGCCAUAUUGGAUCGGUGCGGAGCCGGCGGAGGAGGUGGCGGUCGGUCCGUCCGUCGGUCUGCCCGCACGUCCGUCGGUCCCCGCCCCGCCGGUGUCCUCCGCGCCCGUGCUCCAUGGCCGAAACCACGCCGCGGACCCGCGGCCCAGCCGCCGCCGCCGCGAUGCCGCAGAGUCCGACGCGCAUCUCCCGCCUGCAGGAGAAGGAGGAGCUGCGGCAGCUGAACGACCGCCUGGCCGUGUACAUCGACAAGGUGCGGAGCUUGGAGACGGAGAACAGCGCGCUGCAGCUGCAGGUGACCCAGCGGGAGGAGGUGCGGGGCCGCGAGGUCACCGGGCUCAAGGCGAUCUACGAGGCGGAGCUGGCGGACGCGCGGCGGGCGCUGGACGACACGGCGCGGGAGCGCGCCAAGCUGCAGAUCGAGCUGGGCAAGCUGCGCGCCGAGCACGAGCAGCUGCUGGGCAGCUAUGCAAAAAAGGAAUCUGACCUCAAUGGAGCCCAAGUCAAACUUCGUGAGUUUGAAGCAGCCCUAAAUUCUAAAGAAGCUGCACUGGCCACAGCCCUUGGUGAUAAGAAAAGUCUGGAAGGAGAAAUUGAAGAUUUGAAAGAUCAAAUUAGAGAGCUUGAAGCUUCUUUAGCUGCUGCCAAGGACCAGCUUAUAAAUGAAACCUUGCAGAAGGUGGACCUCGAAAACCGUUGUCAGAGCCUCAUUGAGGACCUGGAAUUCCGUAAAAAUAUGUAUGAGGAGGAGAUCAAUGAGACAAGAAGGAAGCAUGAAACUCGCCUAGUUGAGGUUGAUUCUGGGCGUCAGAUUGAGUAUGAGCACAAACUGGCCCAAGCCCUCCAUGAGAUCAGAGAGCAGCACGAUGCACAAGUGAAGCUGUACAAAGAAGAGCUUGAGGAGACUUACCAUUCCAAACUGGAGAGUGCCAGGCUGUCUGUGGAGAUGAGCAGCUCUGCAGCCAACACCAUCAGGGAGCAGCUGAACGAGAGCCGCAUCCGCAUCGACAGCCUGUCCUCCCACAUCACCAGCCUCCAGAAAGAGUCUAGAGCGUGGCAGGACAGAGCACAGGAGCUGGAGAGCAGCCUGGCCCAGGAACAGGAAAACUGCCGCAAAACGCUGGCAGAGAAAGAGAAGGAAAUUGCAGAGAUAAGAAAUCAAAUGCAGGAGCAGCUGACUGACUACGAGCAGCUCCUGGAUGUUAAACUGGCACUUGACAUGGAGAUCAAUGCAUACCGGAAAUUGCUGGAGGGUGAAGAGGAAAGGCUGAAGCUCUCCCCCAGCCCCUCCUCCCGGGUGACCGUCUCACGGGCAUCGUCCAGCCGCAGCGUCCGCACGGCCGGCGGCAAGAGGAAGAGGAUUGACGUGGAGGAGUCCGAAGCCAGCAGCAGUGUCACCAUUUCUCACUCAGCCUCUGCCACGGGGAAUGUGUCUAUCGAGGAGAUAGACGUGGAUGGGAAGUUCAUCCGCUUGAAGAACACCUCUGAACAGGAUCAACCUAUGGGAGGUUGGGAGAUGAUCCGAAAAAUAGGAGAUACUUCUGCAAGUUACAGAUAUACCUCAAGAUAUGUACUAAAGGCAGGCCAAACUGUUACAAUCUGGGCUGCAAAUGCUGGAGUUACUGCAAGCCCUCCCUCUGACCUCAUCUGGAAGAACCAGAAUUCCUGGGGCACCGGUGAAGACGUGAAAGUUGUACUGAAAAAUUCUCAGGGAGAGGAGGUUGCUCAGAGAAGCACUGUGUUCAAAACAACAGCACGUAAAGGGGAAGAUGAGGAAGUUGAGGAAGAGGCAGCUGAAGCUCUGGAUGAGGAAGACCUUUACCGUCAGCAGGCAGAGCAAAGGGCAUCUAACAGAGGCUGUGUGGUCAUGUGAAAUUGCAGACACUCCAGGUUCCUCCAGCUGUGGUAAUCCCUGCCUGCAGAACAGAGCCUUCUGAGAAGCACAACGUUAUUUUCCUGUCUGUGAAUUUUUGAAGCUGCGAGUCUGAUGGCCUUAAAUUUCCUUUGCCACUGAAAAAAAGGAAAGUUUGUGACAAGUAUCUCGACUUCCUCGCAGGACGUGAGCUGGUGGCUCCCCUCAAGGAGCUGUUUGAGAUUUGACGUUCCUGUCUCUCUCAGAUUUGUACGCCAGUCUCUUUUCAUUGAAACCUUGCUGGAGUAGGAAUAUUCCAGUGUGUUUUGGGGAUCGAUUUUUUUUUAGAUUAUACCACUCUAGACUAGUUGCUACGACCUCUUUGUAUUUUAGGUGCUGUUGGGGAUUGGUUUAGAGUUCUUACUCUGGAAGAGGAUUCAUGUUACACCUUGUAGUCGUGUUGUUAAGAUAGUGUUACCAGCUUAAAUUUUCCUAUGUGGUUUUUCUUAACAAAUUAGGAGGCUGUUUUAAUAUGAAUUGCCUUAUUUGUUUACAAUUUUUAGUAACAAAACAAAGUCUCUAGAGGUCUAGUCUACAUUUGUAUGGGAAACAGUUGUAAUUUUGCCAAUGUUGAAAGUUUUUCUGUCCUUUUCACAUUAUUCUGAUGUCUGAAAAACAUUUUAAUAAAGUAUCUCUCUGCUGCAGAGUAAA